UUUGUGUGUGGGGAUGAGGACGAUGUCUUCUCCUGUUGUUCCUGUGACCCUAUCCGCACCCAUACCUUCCUCUGAUGCAACCCAUCACAUCUCAGUUAGCAAUCCGAAGGAGAAGUACAAGAACACAACCCUAACAAUUCGGUCUCGCCUAAGCCAACUAUGCCAACAAGGGCAACCUCACCUUGCUCGGCAUCUGUUGGAUACUCUUCCUCGCCCUUCCACUGUUGUGUGGAACGCCGUCAUCAUUGGCUUCAUUUGCAACAACCUGCCUCUUGAAGCUCUCCUCUUAUACGCUCAGAUGAAGUCCAUUCCAGGUACCCAUUAUGAUUCUUAUACCUUCUCUUCAACCCUUAAGGCCUGUGCUUUAACCCACAACCUUAUGGCUGGUAAAGCCCUUCAUUCUCACAUUAUUCGCUGCCAAUCCAACCCUAGCCCCAGUAGGAUUGUCUAUAAUUCCCUCUUGAAUAUGUACUCUUCUUGCUUACCCACCACAAUCGCCUCCCAUUUCCAGCAUGACUAUGUCCUCAAAGUGUUCGACGUUAUGCGCAAGAGAAAUGUUGUCGCUUGGAAUACCUUGAUUUCUUGGUAUGUCAAGACCGAGAGACCCCUUCAAGCACUUAUCGCUUUCACCACAAUGAUGAAGCUCACAAUUACGCCAACUGCUGUUACUUUUGUAAAUGUCUUCCCCGCUGUAUCCAAAUUCGGUGAUUAUAAGAUUGCUUCUGUGAUUUAUGGGUUGCUUCUUAAAUUUGGUGCUGAGUAUGUAAAUGAUGUGUUUGCUGUCAGCUCAGCGGUACUUAUGUUUGCCGAUCUUGGUUUCCUAGAUCACGCAAGGUUGGUUUUUGACCAAUGUUCCCGGAAAAGCACUGAGGUUUGGAACACUAUGAUUGGUGGGUAUGUUCAAAAUAACCGUCCAAUUCAAGGAAUCGAUGUUUUCAUUCAGGCCUUGGAAUCAGAUGAGGCUAUUUGCGAUGAUGUAACUUUUCUGUCUGUUAUUACUGCUGUUUCACAGCUACAGCAGAUAAAAUUGGCCGAGCAGCUACAUGCAUUUGUUCUAAAGAGUUUGACAGUUUUACCAAUUAUUAUUCUCAAUGCAAUAAUUGUUAUGUACUCAAGGUGCAAUUAUAUUGAUACAUCGUUUAAGGUUUUUGAUAAGAUGUUCGAAAGGGAUUCUGUUUCAUGGAAUACAAUAAUUUCUGCCUUUGUACAAAAUGGUUUGGAUGAGGAAGCACUGAUGCUUGUGUGCGAGAUGCAGAAGCAAAGGUUUAUGAUUGAUUCUGUGACCGUGACUGCCCUUCUUUCUGCAGCUUCUAACCUUAGGAACUCAUAUAUUGGAAGGCAAACUCAUGCGUAUCUAAUUCGCCAUGGGAUACAAUUUGAGGGAAUGGAGAGCUAUCUGAUAGAUAUGUAUGCAAAAUCCAGCUUGAUUAGGACUUCUGAAUUGUUAUUUGAGCAGAACUGCCCAAGUGUUAGAGAUCGGGCCACAUGGAAUGCAAUGAUUGCUGGUUAUACUCAGAAUGGGCUCAAUGAGAAAGCCAUUCUCAUUCUUAGAGAGACAUUAAUGCACAAGGUAAUGCCUAAUGCAGUGACCUUAGCAUCAAUUCUCCCAGCUUGUAGUUCAAUGGGAAGCAUAGCCUUUACUAGACAACUUCAUGGAUUCUCCAUUCGUCAUUUCUUGGACCAAAAUGUUUAUGUCGGAACUGCUUUAGUUGACACGUAUUCCAAAUCAGGUGCAAUCAGUUAUGCUGAAAAUGUUUUUGUCAGAACACCUGAAAAGAAUUCAGUCACAUACACCACAAUGAUGAUGAGCUAUGGUCAGCAUGGGAUGGGAAAAAGAGCUCUUACCUUGUAUGAUACUAUGCUGAGAUCUUGCAUUAAGCCUGACGCAGUUACUUUUGUUGCCAUCUUGUCUGCUUGUAGUUAUGCCGGUUUGGUUGAUGAAGGCCUUCAAAUAUUUAAGUCUAUGGAGAAAGUACAUAAAAUUAAGCCCUCAAUCGAACAUUAUUGUUGUGUUGCAGACAUGUUAGGGAGGGUUGGAAGGGUAGUUGAAGCCUAUGAGUUUGUCAAUGGAUUGGGUGGGGACGGUGAUGCAAUGGAAAUCUGGGGAUCUCUUCUUGGGGCUUGUAAAAAUCAUGGGUACUUUGAAUUGGGAAAAGUUAUUGCUGAAAAGUUGCUUAAUAUGGAGACAGGAAAAGGGAUGGCAGGAUAUCAUGUUUUGCUCUCAAAUAUUUAUGCAGAGGAAAGAGAGUGGGAAAAUGUUGAUAGAUUGAGAAAUCAGAUGAAGGAAAAAGGUUUGCAAAAGGAAAUGGGAUGUAGUUGGGUUGAGAUUGCUGGGUUUGUGAACUGCUUUGUAUCUAGAGAUGAGAAGCACCCUCAAAGUGGUGAGAUAUAUUACAUCUUGGACAAGUUGACUAUGGACAUGAAGGAUGUAGGUUAUAAGCCCCGUUACGGUUCAAAUUUAAAUAUGAUUUUGGAAUCUAAUGAAUGAAAUGAAUAAUUUAUGGCAGAAUUUUUCAAAGCGAGCUCUGUUUGCUUUAUGGUGGGCCGUUGUCAGGAAAGUGAGACAAUAGUCACCGGAUUGAUUAUAACUGAUAAUAGUGUCAUGACCGGCAUAAGUUUAUCCAAUAUACAAAUGACUAGAACUGCUGGUUUGAAACUAAUAAUUAGGCUGGUCAUUCAUUUGAAACAGAAUAUCAUUGAUGUACAAAACAACCAAUUCAUGUACAGUAUGAUUGUGCAGCUGGAUAGCGACAAGUUUGAUCCUUCUUUUUACCCCCGAUUCAAGAAAUGUUGUGAUGAUUACUUUUAUAUCAAGGUUUAUAAAUUAUAAUCCUUCAGCUCAGACUUCUACACAUAAUGUACCGUUUUAAUACAGCAUUCGGCUGCAGUCUUAGGGUGUUAGGAGGUCUACUCGUGUGAAGAGAGGUUCUAUUCUGUUAGAUGGGUAUGUAGUGUGAGUGGCACGUGAGGAGUUUAGUGAAGCAUGUAAAGUGUACAGUGAGGUGUUGUACAAUUAGGAAGUGAGGGAUUCCGGAUUCGCUGUCAGUGUUAGAAGCUAGUUCAUACUUGUGAUAUAAAAGAACUUUGUAAACCCAUUGAAAGAAUCAUCUGAAUAAAUCUGAAAACCCAUUUUUCGUUCUCUGUUCUUUGUCUCUUAGGGGUAAACCCUAACAUAGGGCCUGUCCGAUAGAACUGAAACUGAACAAUUAAAAGCAAGUACGAAGCAUUGAGUUCGUUAAGCUUUAUUGAAAGAGUACACACGAACUCUUUUAUGUCUGUUAUCAUGAAUUUUGAUAAACUUUAUACAUGAUGAACUGGACGCUGCAAUAAACAUGAAACCGAUGGUUGUAAAUGGGAAACAGCAACGUUUGUUGUUGAGAUGAUGGAAUGGCAAGAAGAUUAUUGAUGCUGGGACAGCAAGAGCAGGAGUGAAGUGAUAUGAUGAUAUUGGAGAUUUUGUCGCAUUAAGAAGCCUAUGAGGUUAAUAAUAUGACAGGAGACUUUGGGUUGUGGUGUGAGAAGGAGGUAGAAAGUCAGAGACAUCUAUCUUGAUGCUACCUUUCAACUUUGAUUAUUAUAAAGUCUUAUUCCUGAGCAUUCCUGUGAAUAGAUAGGAUGAAUCUAGUAGUCUGAAUUUUUUGUAAACAUUGUAACUGCUGUGUUCAUUUGAUUUCCAAACGCAAUGCAAAUGUAGCCCAAUGGAGGAAGACCUUUUUUGCUACGACAUA